AAACGACGAAACAAGAACUACCGCGCAUCUCGCACGUGCCGACGCCCACCGAGACACUCCAUUUCAGUCCCCCUUCCUCGGAGGGAUUCCUGCUCUCGCCUUCCACUCGGAUGGCUUCCAUCUCCGGCGUUUGCUCCCCCUCGUCCGCCGUACGUAUCCGUCGGUCCCUCCCGGUCUCAACCUCUGGCCAUCUCCGCCGCCUCCGGCCGUUCCGCUCCGUCGCAGAUCUCAAUCGCUCCUUCUCCUCUACCUCAUCUUGCUCCUCCUCCUCUGCCUCUCUCCCCGUGGAGAAGGUGGAGGAUGGAUCCGUCGAGAAGGAUCCAAUUAAUCUCUGGAACCGCUAUGUCGACUGGCUCUACCAGCACAAGGAGCUCGGCCUCUUACUCGACGUUAGCCGGAUUGGGUUCACCGACAAGUUCUUUGACCUGAUGGAGCCCCGGCUUCAGAAGGCGCUCGUGGCAAUGCAGGAUCUCGAGAAGGGGGCCAUCGCCAACCCCGACGAGGGCCGCAUGGUUGGCCAUUACUGGUUGCGGAAGUCGAAGCUCGCGCCCAAUUCGUUCUUGAGGCUUCAGAUAGAUAACACCCUCGAUGCUAUCUGCAAGUUUGCCGAUGACGUUAUCAGUGCAAAGAUUAAACCUCCAUCAUCUCCAGCUGGUCGCUUUACCCAAGUGCUCUCUGUAGGAAUUGGGGGUUCAUCAUUAGGCCCUCAAUUUGUUGCAGAGGCAUUGGCUCCUGACAAUCCUCCUCUGAAGAUAAGAUUUAUUGAUAAUACAGACCCAGCUGGAAUUGAUCAUCAAAUUGCACAGCUUGGACCUGAGCUUGCAUCAACACUUGUAAUUGUAAUCUCAAAGAGUGGAGGCACCCCUGAAACACGAAAUGGGUUGUUGGAAGUGCAGAAGGCUUUUCGAGAAGCUGGGCUAGAAUUUUCUAAACAGGGAGUUGCAAUUACUCAGGAAAACUCCUUAUUGGACAAUACAGCUAGGAUUGAAGGGUGGUUAGCGAGAUUUCCUAUGUUUGACUGGGUUGGUGGUAGAACCUCAGAAAUGUCUGCCGUUGGUUUACUCCCUGCUGCUCUUCAGGUAAUUAUCUACUAUUUGAUUCCUUUCUGCCAGUUUCGAAAGGUUAAACUCACCAUCGUUGCAAUUCAGGGGAUUGACAUCAAAGAAAUGCUUGUUGGUGCAUCAUUGAUGGAUGAAGCAACUCGCAUGAGGGUGAUCAAGGAUAAUCCAGCAGCAUUACUUGCUUUAUGUUGGUAUUGGGCUUCUGAUGGAAUUGGAUCAAAGGAUAUGGUUGUACUUCCUUACAAGGAUAGCUUAUUACUCUUCAGUAGGUAUCUGCAGCAGUUGGUCAUGGAAUCCCUCGGAAAGGAAUUUGAUCUCGAUGGAAACCGGGUCAAUCAAGGACUUUCAGUGUAUGGGAACAAAGGAAGCACGGACCAGCAUGCGUACAUACAACAGCUGAGAGAAGGGGUACACAACUUCUUUGUUACUUUCAUCGAGGUAUUACGUGACAGACCACCUGGUCAUGAUUGGGAGCUGGAACCAGGGGUUACAUGCGGCGACUAUUUGUUUGGAAUGUUGCAGGGUACACGGUCAGCACUAUAUGCAAAUGACCGUGAAUCAAUCACAGUGACAGUGCAAGAAGUGACUCCUAGAAGUGUAGGAGCGCUAAUUGCACUCUAUGAGCGUGCUGUUGGAAUUUAUGCACAUUUGGUCAAUAUCAAUGCGUAUCAUCAACCUGGUGUGGAAGCUGGAAAGAAGGCUGCUGGUGAAGUAUUAGCUCUGCAGAAGAGGAUCUUGACUGUUUUAAACGAGGCCAGCUGCAAACAACCUGUGGAACCACUUUCACUGGAGGAAAUUGCAGACCGAUGCCAUAUCCCGGAGGAGAUAGAAAUGAUCUACAAGAUAAUCGCACAUAUGGCUGCAAAUGAUAGAGCGUUGAUCGCUGAAGGCAGUUGUGGCUCGCCACGAAGCAUCAAGGUUUACCUCGGCGAAUGUAAUGUAGAUGAUUUGCUUGCUUAAUUGAAUUUUUUUCCAUUAUACUUCAACAACUAGAUAUGUGAACUCAUAGGUUGGUAGCCACAUUGUAAUGUGGAUGAUUUUCAAGUGAAUUUGUUGCUAAUAAUUACCCAAGCCUGUUGGUUCCACACAUUUAUUUUCAUGAUAUUCUCUUUUCAUUUUGAAUAAGAAAAGCAUUUUGAA